UGGCGGUAAUGUAAAUGGCGGAAUGAUUUGUAAAAUGCAGUUGAGCAUUGUUUCAUUUUGUAUCCUGUAAUCAUUUACACUCCACAGAAGUCUUGAGCGAACAGAACCAUGGAUUCUGUAGCCGAGGACGAUGUUACUCUUCCUCUAGAUUUUGAUCGGAGCACUAACCUCGCAAGGUUCAGCGAAGCUGUUGUAGCAGGCACGGGGGGUAACAUGUUGGAUUCCUCCGCUGAUUUCUCCGAGGGAUUAACAGUUAAACCAACAACAACAGGUGCAGCUAACCAAGACAGUGCUGGGUCUCCUCAAACAAAAACAAUGAAAGAUUAUGAAUAUCAAAUAUCAGAACUAAAGAAAGAAAAUUUUGGUUUGAAGCUGAGAAUUUAUUUCUUGGAAGAACGUGUCAACCAUGGUGGUGAUGUUCCAGAGGAUAUUUUUAAAGCUAACAUUGAGCUAAAGGUGACAGUGGAAAAGCUGAAGAAAGAGUUGGUAGAAAGACAGGAACUGCUGGUCAAAGCCUCGAAUGCAGUGGAAGCCUUAGCCCAACACAGUGACUCACAGAUCAAACAGCUCACAGAAGAACACAAUGAAGAGUUGAGAGAGAUCAGGGAAGGAUAUGAAUUAAAACUUAAAGAAAUGGAACAGGAAUUGGCUGUUGCUAAAAAUGAACUUGAGGACACAACUGAUAAGCUUGCAGAAACCACUAAUCUUAAUCAACAGUUAAAUGACAAACUAUUAGAGAGUACUGAUGGAUUCCAUGAUGAUCAGCAGCAAAUGCAGGUUGCCAUGAAAGCCACUCUAGAUGAGAAAGACAGGAUGAUAGAUGAUUUGAGAGGGUCUCUUGCUUCUGCACAGGCAGAGAAUAAGGAUUUGAAAGAUAACUUGGACAACCUGAAAGACAUUCAAACCCAAUUAGAACAAAACAUCCCUCAGAGUUUAGAAAUUAAUGAAAAACAGAUCCUAGAGUGCCAGAGAAGAAUCAAACAGCUGACAGAGGAACUAGAAAACAAAAACCACAAAUUAGAGGAACUGAAAGAGAAAGCCAAGAAAACAGAAAGAACUAACAGGGAGUUAAGAAAUCAGCUUCACGACAAGGAGAGGGAAGAGCAUCUUAACUCAAGGAACUCCACAGAUAAUUCGCUAUCUCAGAGUCAGAAGGAAGGCUCCAGGGACAGCGAGCUUCAGCAUUUGCAGACUAAAGUUCAAGAUCUAAAUGAGAGUUUGACAGCAACUCGAGAGGCAGCACAUACAGCUAAGAGAAAAUGGUAUCAGGCUUUCGAGGAACAUUCUGAAGUCCUUAAGGCGAGAGAUGCUAUGAUUGCUGCUCUGCAAAGUUCUUUGAGUGGAAAAGAUUUGGACUUAGAGAAACUUAUUCAGUCCUUGUCUUCAAAAGAAGUUGAACUUCAGAGAUUGAACAAUGGCAAACUCCUCCUUGAAAAUCGCUUGGAUGAAGUGCUAAAGCAAAAAGAACGCGAGCAAGCUGAACUGAUGGAAAAACAUAGAGCGCUUUCUCAAGAACACUAUUCCAAGAUGGACGCUCUCGAAGAAGCUUAUCAGCACGUGACUGCCGGUGCUCAAGAGCAACUCGAUGCCAAGGACAGACUCAUCCAAAAGCUAGCAGUUAACAACAAGGAAAAGGAUAACUUAAUAGCGGACUUCAUAGAGGCCUUAAAGGGAAGUGGUAUGGAUGAUUCAGUAGUCCAGGGCUCAACUGAUGAUCAGGAGAAUCUUUUGAAGAAACUGACCAACUACACAAAAGAGAAGGAUCGUGCACUCCAGGUUGCAGCUGAAGAAAAAGUGCGAGCUUUGCAAGGAAAAGAAGCCGAGCUGCAGCAGUUGAGACAGGCCCUGAGAGAGAGGGACAGGCUGAUUGAAAAGAUCAACACCGCUGUCCUUGAAUCCCAAGAAAAGAAUAAACUAUUAGAACGAACAAGCAAAGAAAGAAAUGAAGCUUUACAAAAAACGAUGUCAUCGUUAGAGGAACAACUUAAGGGAAAAAAGGGAGAUUUAGAAACAAAAGAAGCCAGUUUAAAAGAGAAAGAACUUGUUAUUCAGAAACUGAAACACACUCUGAACCACAGGGAAGAGGAAUUAAAGGAACUAAAAGACUUUGUGAAAAACGCCCUUAGCAGUCCAGACGAGGAUGAAAGUUUAUCGGAUGAGGUGAAGAAGGCCCAGGAAAUAUCCGAAUUGUUGAAAGAAAAGGAAAAACUUCUAGAGGACAUGUUCCAGGAGCGCGCCAGGUUAUCAUCUACUAAUGAGGCCAACACUCAGAGGCUCAUGGCUGCCUUAAGAGACAAGGAGACUGCACUCAAGGAGGCAGCUGCUGACUUGACACGUGUACAAACUGAAAAGAACUCCUCCAUCCAGACUCUGCAGCAAUUACUCAGCAACAAAGAACAUGAAGUUCAGGCCCUCGAAAACAGCAAAGCCUGGGCGUCCCAGGAAAACGAGAAGUUGAUAAACAAAUUGAAGCUGACCGCACAAGACAAAGACAAGACGAUCGCAGGUCUUGUGGAAAGUGGACGAGAGAAAGAUAAGAUGUUGAAAGCGUUACAGGAUUCCAGUAAAAGCUCACCAAAGGCACCCAGUCCCGCAGAAGUGGCGGAACUAAGGCGAAAUAUCGGUCUGUUACAGGCUGAAGUGCGAAAGAAAGAUGAAUCUCUGAAGAAGCUUGAAUCGGAUUACAGAAACAACUUGCGGAAACUGCAAGGCGACGACCAAGAGAACAAGUUGAAGUUUGAGAAUCUCCAACAUGAAAUACAGACAAGAGAUGCAGUCUUAAAACAGGCAAAGGGUACAAUCGAUAAUCUUCGCUCCAGACUUCAGAGCAUCCCUAAUUUAGAGGAUCUGAAGCAGAAGUUUGCAGAGCAGUCGCAGGCCUUGGCGGAGGCUCAAAAGGGAAAAGAGCAAGCCCUUGUUGAUUCGGCUGCGCUCAAAAAGUCUAACUUGGAGUUAGAAGCGGAACUGAAAGUUAAACUGAACAAUAUUGAAAUGCUUAAUGAGGCUGCGCAGAUGAAGGACCGAAUUAUUAAGGAGAUGCAAGAAGAUCAACAAAAGCAGUUAAAAGAUAUGAAGGAAAAUAUUGGAUAUUAUCAGAAAAAAGCUCAAGAACUUGAGGCCUCAAAAAGUUCGUUACAGCAACAGCUUAUGGAUACAGAAGACAUGAAGAAUUCACUUGAACAGCAACUCGAAAGCUACAAGAGAAGGUUGAAUGAUCAGGCCUCUUACGGAGAGGAAGAGGUGAACCUUCUUCGUCAAGAGGUCACCAACCUAAAGGCCAGGCUACAAAGGGCUGGUACACCACGCAGGGAAAGUCCUGGAGUGGGAGCUGGGGCAGAUGAACAGAGACCAGACGUCGCUCAGUUACAGCAGCUGUUAGAAGCACAAAUUGCAGAGACCAAGAGGCUCAAUGACAUCUUAAAUACCGAGCACGCGCUGUACGGUAACUUGGUGCAUGUUGUCCAAGAUGCAAAGCGAGGAGAAAUCAGUCACGAAAGCAAUCUUAAAGACGAGAUGCAGGCAUUGAAACUGCUCCGCGCACAGCUUGAGGAAGGAAUCCACCUCAACGACUCAUUGCGGGCUCAACUGCAUGAAAAACUAGCCUCCGGCAAAACCACAAGUCCUCAUCCGGGACCUCCGUAUGACGCCGCUUAUCAGAGGGAGAUACAAGAACUUAAAUCGAGGCUCGAAGAUAGUGAACGCUGGAAUGCUUCAUUGCAGGCUCGGUUAAAUGACUUACAGUCACGGAUGGGUGGUGUUGGAGGUUCAGAUGGAGAGGGCUCACCCUUAAAGGUUCAAAGAUUAGAGCAGCAAGUGGAAAAGAUGAUGGAACAACUCAAACAGCGCAGCCAGCUGAAUGUCAGGCUCAAGAAUCAACUGGAUGAUAUUAAUACGUUACACAUGCAGACUUUGGCUGAGAAAGACGAUGUAAUAACAGAUCUGACUCGACAAAUUGAUAGUCUUCAAACACAAUUAGACAAUACGACACAAACUUUCAGCGAGUUGGAGAAAAGAUUACAAGACGCGAAUAGCAGACUAGAAUAUUACGCUACCAGUUUGAACGGUAGCCAUGACGACACCCUUCUUGAGCGGGAACAAGAAUUGGAAAUUUUGAAACACGAGGUGGAUGAGUUACGUCGACUUCAAGCUCGUGACGAUCGGAUCGGCUUGGACAUGGCCGCGCAGACGUCACCAUUGAAGGACUGGACUCAAGGGUCAAGUGAUGAGUUGAGGGACCUGGAACGAAGAUUAGAAGAGAGUGCGCAAACAAAUGAGCAGUACAAGAAUAUUUUGGAAGAGAAGGACUUUGAAUUACAACAGAUUAAAGCAAGGGAGGCAUCAAGAGAUAUUGAAAAUUCUAAAGCGAAAGAAAGAGAAAUGGCUGAAAUCCAGAGACUUCGCGAGGAAUAUCUAACAGGUAUCAAAACAAACGAAGAACUUAAAAAGGCUCUUGAAAAUGAAAGGGAAAAGAACCGUGACAGAUCAAGGACUUCGGAUGGAGUCCUGGAACUUCGGCUACAGCUCGACGAAUCCUUACAGAAGAACGAAGAUCUUCAGCGACAGCUUCACGAAAGUGCCCGAUCGGAGGACGAAGUUGACCGACUGAGGCACGAACUGCAAAAUGCCACCCAAAUAAAUGAAUCGUUAGGGUCGCAGAUACGGGAAUUCAACGAAUCGUUUUCCAAAAUAAAAGGGGUUAGGGCAGAUGCGGUUAAAAUGCAGAAAGAACUAAGAGAUGCUCAGCGUUUGAAUAAAACACUCACAGAUCAGCUCAAAGAGACGAGGAAAUCUGCAGAGGAAGUUGGCAGAGUACAGCGUGAACUGAGGGAGGCCAAAAUGAUGAAUGAUCAGCUUGGCAAACAGCUGUCUGAGCACCUAAAUCACUCCGCCAAGAUGAAAUCCCAAAUUGAAAAAUUGCAGCAUGAACUGCAAGAGAAAGAUAAGGUUAUCGAGACAUUACAGCUGAGACUUAAAUCCAAACCUGAGAUGCAGUCCAUAGCACUGUCUCCAUUUUCAUCGCCUUCCCGACGUUUUGUAGAAACGCAAACCAGUCCACGUUUGGCAGCGGCGGCUUCACUUCGGGGUACCCGGGAGAGUUCACCGCAAUCUAAUUCUUUGUUUGAGGCCAAUGAGAAGCUUCAGCAAAUGAACAGAGUGCUUCUGGGAGAAAAUCAUCUGCUGAAGAGCAAACUGAAAGACAGUGAAAAAUUGAACGAGACACUAAGGAACGAGAACGACAUGUUCUCCAGAUUACACAAUCAAUCCACCGAAACGCAAGCCACGAGCCAAAAAAGAUCCACCAUGGACGACCUUUUGGCCGGGUUCAUGGCUGAAAUGCGCGAAUUGCGCUUGCGCUUAGAGGAUAGUAUUCGCACCAACGACGCAUUGCGGGCGCAGUUGGAGAUGCGAUUAUCCGAGGGGACAGAUGACGGUAGUGCAGCGAGUGGUCCUGAUCAGAUUAUUUUGAUUCGUGAGAAUGACUCUCUGCGGACUGAGUUAGUUGAAAAAGAUCGAGCCAAUGAGAAGUUAAAGCGAACCAUCGAUGGAUUAAAGCGAGAGCAAACGCGGGACAAAGAGCAACUCGAUCUUCUCCGCCAACAGAUGUUGGAGAGCACCAAAGUUGCUGAAAACCUUAGAAAAGAAUUGAGUGUUUACGAGAAGCUCUACAAACUUUCUUACGAAGGCAAGAACAUCGAAGUACAGACAGACGGGCAAAGUUAUGGCAGUGAGGGACCUAGAAGUCCUAACAGUGAGUCCCAGCAAGACGCCCUGUCGAUGUUAUUGGCUGAAAUCCGAAGCCUCCGAAUCCAGCUGGAGAAAAGCAUUGAAACCAACAAUGCACUGCGGCUUAGACUUGAAGAGCAACUUAGCCGGCCUACCAGUUCACCGUCCCAGUCUCCUAGCAGAUCUCAAGUCACAGUCAUCCGACAGCUGGACUUCUCCGAGGGGAAGGGAGGGGAGAGUAGAAGUACUGUUGAGUCUGGAAGAGACCUUGAAAAUGGUACAAUUUGUACCGAGAAGCCACAAGUUUUGAAUCAGCUUGAGGAGAAGUUAAACUCAAUCAACAAGGUUGCAACUGAGGCCUACAAUAGCGUCAUAUCAACCUCGCAGACCGAUGUUCUGCCUUAUAUUGAAAAUAUUUUGAGAAUUAUUUUACAAUGCAAGGCGCUGUUGAAGGUGUUGCAUGUCGAAACUUCCUGUCAGCGUACACACAGUGGUUCAGAAGAUGCUGAUAAAGAGAAUGAAAGUCUUAAUUUCGAAAUUGGAAAAUUAAGACGUCGACUUCUUAUCCAAGAAGAUAUAAUUAAACGAGCGUGUGAAAGACUAGAGACCACAAAUAAAGUCAAGGAGAGCACGCGUGAUGAGAUUAUUGAACACUUAUCCAUCUCACAGAAAGUCUUAUCCGGUGCCAGGGGAAAAUUAGAGAAUCGUGUUCGUUCAAGAAAGACAACUAAAUGAAUAAGAAGGGGUGCACAAUUGUGAAAUGGUAAAAUUUAAAGCUGUACAAAAAUUUGUUUUGUACGUAAGUUAAAGAAAUUUGUUUUAAAAAAAAAAAUUCUCUAUUUUUUAUCAAUCACAAACCUAUUUUUCUGUGGAAAAAUAUGUUUAUUUUGUCGUUAAACAAUAAUAAAAACCAAAGAUAGUGUUAUUGAAGACCAGUAUUUAAAAUUUGUUCUGUUAAAGAAAGAGGUGUUCACUGAUAUUGUGCAUUCACAAUUGAAAGUUGAAAGAAGGGAACUUGAUAUCAAUGGUCUCUCAAAGGCUUUUUUUUUCGUAUCGUUGCUACAACAAUUUAGACCUUUGACCGUUAUUUUAACCCAUAGCUUAUAGCUAAAUAACAAUUUUAAUACCCCGGUGAUAAAUCCUUUUGAUUCCACUUUCAACAGUUAUAAUUCGUAACAACAACAACAACAACAACAAAAAAAA